UUAUGUCUGGGAAUUCCAUGAUCCAUAAACCUGCCUCUCUCCAGCUUUUAAAUCUACUCCCCAUUCUUGAGGGAAAAGCAUUUAGUGUUAAGGGUUCAAAUCUUUCCCACUAAAACAGCUUGGUUUGAAAAGGUGGUCAUUUCAUAACCGUCUUUUCCUUGGAAAAACUGAUCCCCCCCCCAUCCUUUUAAUAGCAACAGAAGCCAAGCAGCAAGCCUUGAAGACAUGCUCAGUGUUUCUUGACUUCUUAAGGUGAAAGACCUUGAAAGAGCUGGCACUUCUCACCUAAGCUGCCAUCGUCCCACCCUUCCCAAGAGAACCCAGGCUGAAGAGUAGUGCUUCUUCCCUCUGUAUCCCUCCGUGGUUGUCCAUAUCAGCGCUUGACUGUUUAUUUUCAAAUCUCAAAGAACUCCAGUCUCCAGAACUUCAGAAUUUGCUUCUUGCUGCUCUUGAAGGACAGUGACUUAUUACCACAACAGCAGAGCCUGCCAUCUCCAGCAGAUCACCAGUACCUAUGACAUCUUCACCUCCUUUGUCUCAUUCUGUGAUCUCCUAAAUGCUCAUCUUGUUGGCCUGGGUUCGAUUGGUGGUAUGGAGGGGUGCUGCCUAGCACUGACCUGAGAGUGUGUGUGAGACCCACUGACCCAAUGGACAUCAAAGGCCAGUUCUGGAAUGAUGAUGAUUCCGAAGGAGAUAAUGAAUCAGAGGAAUUUCUAUAUGGAGUUCAGGGGAGCUGUGCAGCUGACCUGUAUAGACACCCACAGCUUGAUGCGGACAUUGAAGCAGUGAAGGAGAUCUACAGUGAGAACUCUGUGUCCAUCAGAGAAUAUGGAACUAUUGAUGACGUGGACAUUGACCUCCAUAUCAACAUCAGCUUCCUCGAUGAGGAAGUAUCUACAGCUUGGAAGGUCCUUCGGACAGAACCAAUUGUGUUGAGGCUACGGUUUUCUCUUUCCCAGUACCUUGAUGGACCAGAACCAUCCAUUGAGGUUUUCCAGCCAUCGAAUAAGGAAGGGUUUGGGCUAGGUCUUCAGUUAAAAAAGAUCCUGGGUAUGUUUACAUCCCAACAAUGGAAACAUCUAAGUAACGAUUUCCUGAAGACCCAGCAGGAGAAGAGACACAGUUGGUUCAAAGCAAGUGGUACCAUCAAGAAGUUCCGAGCUGGCCUCAGCAUCUUCUCACCCAUUCCCAAGUCUCCCAGUUUUCCUAUCAUACAGGACUCCAUGCUAAAGGGCAAACUGGGUGUACCAGAGCUUCGAGUUGGACGCCUUAUGAAUCGUUCCAUUUCUUGCACCAUGAAGAACCCCAAAGUAGAGGUGUUUGGUUAUCCUCCCAGCCCCCAGGCAGGUCUCCUGUGCCCCCAGCACGUGGGCCUCCCUCCCCCAGCACGGACUUCUCCUUUGGUCAGUGGUCACUGCAAGAACAUCCCCACUCUGGAGUAUGGAUUCCUUGUCCAGAUCAUGAAAUAUGCAGAGCAGAGGAUUCCAACGUUGAAUGAGUACUGUGUGGUGUGUGAUGAGCAGCAUGUCUUCCAGAACGGGUCCAUGCUUAAGCCAGCUGUCUGUACUCGUGAACUAUGCGUCUUCUCCUUCUACACGCUGGGAGUCAUGUCUGGAGCUGCAGAGGAGGUGGCUACUGGAGCAGAGGUGGUAGAUCUGCUGGUGGCCAUGUGUAGAGCAGCUUUGGAGUCUCCUAGAAAGAGCAUCAUCUUCGAGCCUUAUCCGUCUGUGGUAGACCCAACUGAUCCCAAGACUCUGGCCUUUAAUCCUAAGAAGAAGAAUUAUGAGCGACUUCAGAAAGCUCUGGAUAGUGUGAUGUCCAUUCGGGAGAUGACCCAGGGCUCAUAUUUGGAAAUCAAGAAACAAAUGGACAAGCUGGAUCCCUUGGCCCAUCCUCUUCUGCAGUGGAUAAUUUCUAGCAACAGGUCACACAUUGUCAAACUACCUCUCAGCAGGCAGCUGAAGUUCAUGCACACCUCACACCAAUUCCUCCUGCUGAGCAGCCCUCCUGCCAAGGAGGCUCGGUUCCGGACCGCCAAGAAGCUCUAUGGAAGCACCUUUGCCUUCCAUGGGUCCCACAUUGAGAACUGGCAUUCAAUCCUGCGCAAUGGGCUGGUCAAUGCAUCCUACACCAAACUGCAGGCUCAUAUAUUCAUCCUGGUGUUUCCCUGCAAGCUGCAUGGAGCAGCCUAUGGCAAAGGCAUCUACCUGAGCCCCAUCUCCAGUAUUUCCUUUGGAUACUCAGGAAUGGGCAAAGGACAGCACAGAAUGCCAUCCAAGGAUGAGCUGGUCCAGAGAUAUAACAGGAUGAACACCAUCCCCCAGACCCGAUCCAUUCAGUCCAGGUUCCUGCAGAGCCGGAAUCUAAACUGCAUUGCACUUUGUGAAGUGAUUACAUCUAAGGACCUUCAGAAGCAUGGAAACAUUUGGGUGUGCCCUGUGUCCGACCAUGUCUGCACAAGGUUCUUCUUUGUAUAUGAGGAUGGGCAGGUGGGCGAUGCCAACAUUAAUACUCAGGACCCCAAGAUACAGAAGGAAAUCAUGCGUGUGAUCGGAACUCAGGUUUACACAAACUGAGGGGGCCCCAGCCCUCGUAUCACCCUGUUCCCCCAGGAUCCAUCUGCCCUUGUAAAAGGGCUCAGGAGCAGCAGGUGAGGCUGCCCUGAGAAAUUUCAAGGGGCAAGAAAAGGAUAGAAGAGGAGGCCUUCAUGGUGGAGAUUGAUCCAGGAACCACUCCACGUUUGGAUGGCCCUGACUGACUCCCACCCCUGAUUUGCCCAGUUGACUUCACCCUGUUUGUAAAUAAAACAAUAAAAUGGAAGGUGCUGUGGA